AUGAAUCAAUCACAUCAACAAACAACAAGACCUCGACAAUUAUCAAAUAGUUCAGAGAAGGUUUAUUCCUUUGUAGCUAUCCCUGGUACAAACCAAAAGAAAAGACCACGACGUCGUUAUGAUGAGAUUGAAAGAUUAUAUCAUUGUAAUUGGCCAGGAUGCAGUAAAGCAUAUGGUACUUUAAAUCAUCUUAAUGCUCAUGUCAGUAUGCAAAAACAUGGGCCUAAACGACAUCCUUCUGAAUUUAAAGAAAUGAGAAAAGAAUGGCGUAGACAAAAGAAAGCAAGAGAAGCGGCCAGUAAAAAACGAAAUAACAUAGACAAUAAUACAGUCAUAUCACAACAACAGAUAAAUGGUAAUGACUCUAUGUAUCGUCCUAAUGCAACUACAUUUCAACCGCAAUAUACUCAAAUACCAACAAAUACCAUGUCAUUAAAUGAGUUUUAUUAA